AUGUGGACGAAAAGGAUGUGUUUGAUCGUGGAGCUUAGCCUGUUGUGGGUGUUUUGUGGAUUUAUGGCAACGGAAGGUAUCACAAUAGAUCCUCAGAGAAGGAUGACAGUUCUCCAAGGCACUGCUAAUGUUUCAAUGAUAUGUCCAGUACAGAGAUGGGCUGUCAGACCAGUCGAUUUCGAGUGGUUCUACUUGCCUAAUAAUGCUGACAGGGCUACACUGAUAAAUGGCACAAAUGCAAACAACACUCGCUUUGUGACAUCCGGCACAGGUCAGCUUAUUGUUGACCAGGUCAACAGGACAGACAGUGGGGUGUUCACCGCCAUUGCUACUGACUCAACAGGGGGGUCAGGGAACUGCACAUUCUAUCUGCAAGUUGCUUUUCCACCCGUCUUUGACAAUCAAACGAUUACGGAGAUUCAAGCCAACCUUAAUCAGACGGCCGUCCUGACCUGCCCCUAUGAGAGUAGUCCUUUGUCUACGGUCACCUGGUUGAAGGAUGGUGUCAUCCUAGGAUAUAGUACAAGGUUCAUCAUCGAUGGACGAAACCUCAGCAUUGCAGAUGUACAAGCCGUUGACAAAGGCAGCUACCAGUGCAGGGCGUCAAACACCUACGGGACGGCUGUCAGUUCACCUAUAAUUCUUGCUACGGAAGGGUCAAUGAAGUUUCUUGUGACACCAGACUCUGUAUCAAUCUUCAUUGCUGGAGAAAAUGCUACGUUGACUUGUAGCGUCAGAGGGUCACCUCGCCCAACAGUGGAAUGGACAAAAAACUCCAUGGCUGUGAUAAACACUCAACUAUUGACAGUCUCUGAGACAUUUGUAAACGGCGUGGUCAAAUCCACCAUUGAGUAUACGAGUGUUGCGUUGGACGACCGGGGGACAUACUCGUGCUCUGCUCGUAAUGUCAACCAGGCUGUUAACCAUCUCUUUGAAGUGGUGAUCUAUGUACCACCAGUGAUCACAUCAGUGUUUGAGUCCAUAUUGAGAGUUCAGAUCGGUCAACCAAUGACUCUACUCUGUCGAGCGACUGCUCUGCCAAAGGCAUCCUUCACAUGGUACAAAGAUGACAGGCCAAUCUCCAGAGUAGCUGAGACCCAUUUCCAAGAGGGUUGGGAUGGCUACCUUAGGGUGAGAGAGGUCAUUGGAUCUGAUGCUGGCCUAUAUCAAUGCCGUGCCGUCAACGAGGUGGGAGAAGCGUUCUCAAAAUCCUUCACAAUAGUCGUUACUGGUCUGCACUUCUUGGUGAAGCCACGCCCCAACAUGUACAUCUACACCAACGCGACGGCCCAGAUGGACUGUUCAGUGGCUGGUUCCCAGAACAGUAUAGACAUUGAAUGGAGGAAAAACGGGUUACCAGUGACUACAACAUGCACUGAAUCUCGCCUUAACAACUCGCUAUGCACCGGUACUUUUCGGGUUGGUAACGCAUUGUUCAUCAAGGAGAUGUCAGUGGAGGAUGAAGGACUGUAUUCCUGUGUAGCAUCAGAGAGAGGAACAACGAAAACCAUCACGGCCGACACUAGAAUCAAUGUAUUAAUUCCUGUCAAGAUUGAGCCCGCCCUACCAACUAAAAUGAAAGGUGACUUCCACAGAGGACUAACAGUACGGUGCCAGGCAACGGGGGUACCUACACCUAAGAUUGAAUGGCUACGACACGGGGUACAUGUUAUUAAUAAUACAUACAGAACGGUGAUUGGUGGAGUGAUGCAGUUCCGAGCCCUCCAUGUGGCUGAUGCAGGUCGCUAUACGUGUGUUGCGUCUAAUAAAGCAGGAGAAAUAGCACAGAAUAUGCAAAUCGUUGUCAACACCAUCCUGACGACCCCGGCAGCAUUAAAUAUCACCGUCAAUCCCCGUAGUCGCAUUGCCCAGGUGAAGUGGAGCAUCAUCGCCAAUGGAGGCUAUCGUGUAACCAGUUUCAAUGUGGAGUAUCGGCAGAUUAAACCAGACGUCACUGUUUGGACUGUCUAUGAAAAUGUCCCAGCAAAUCAGAGGACAUUGGGAAUCAAAGAGCUUAAUUCUGAAGCUUCGUAUGAGGUCAAAGUAUGGGCCAACAACCAGCUUGGUAAAGGAGAGGUUUCUACAAUAGAGUUCAAAACUGAAGCACCUGAAGCUGGAGGUGGAGGAAUCUUGGAGCUGUCCAUGACACAGUUGAUCAUCAUUGCCGUCAUCAUCGUAGCUGCUUUUGGAAUGCUAGUGGCAAUUAUCUGCGUCAUUGCAGCUAGACGACGCAGCUCUAAUCCAACAAGCGGAGAGGAUAACCAAGCCCUGGUCCAUAACCAGCAGGAUUCCUCAUCCCACAGCAACCCCGCCUACAUGCAGGGCGGGACCAGCGACAGGCCCCAGAAGGACAUGGAACUCAAGGAGGUCAGGCAGAAUGAGAGCAGCGGUGGUGCGCAGAACGGCAAGUCCAAGAAAGAGACCACGACAACGUAGAGUGAACGUAAGCUGCUUGGCUCAAUCGCCAAAGAAUCUUGUGCCAUUAUCCACACCUGGUUCGGACCCUUUAGGUAAUUUAACACUAAGCAAUUAACAGGCAACCAGUUCCAGGCAACCCCCAUGAAGAAAGUCUCUUCACCUUUGAAUAUUCCCGUAUUAUUCUUGCCUAAUACAUGUCGUAGCUCAUUUGGUGGAGGAUCUUCCCAGAGUGCCAGGGGUCUUGGGUUCAAUUCCCAAUGAGGACCGUUUGAUUUUUCUCUCAUCCCAUGUUUGGGUAUUCACUUCUAUGGUGAUUAGUCACCUUACCUUACCAAAUAAAUAUUGUGUGAAUAUUUAUUAUUCUUGGGAAUCAAAAGACAAUGUUUAACAACAAAAGUUAAUGUCUGCUACUGUAUCGAAGUGGUCCUGUAGCAUGCACUGUAACUGGUUGCCUCCAAGUUGCCUCGUGUGAUUUUUAGUUUGUAUAGUGCAGUAAUUAUAUGGAGGCAUUUAACCUCCGCAUGACGUGAAGCUAAAUCAUGAUGACUGUGAGAGUAAAACACUUAUGUUGGUCUUCUGUAGUUGGUUUUAAACUUUUUAACAUCUCACUGCCAACAAUAUCUGCCAGUUACCCGAACCCUAAGAACCCUUAUUCAUACCUUUAUGCUUACGAAUCCUUAUCCUUAGUACUUUUUUCAUACCCUUAUCCUAACCGAUCCUUACAUUUAGUAUCCCUUUUCAUUCCCUUAUCCUUACAAACCCUUGCCCUUAUGUGUGAAAAAAAUGUUGUACAAUACUCCUUGUGGAUUUUCAAAUUUUUGGCCCUAAUUCAAUAAAAAUCCUGGACUUAAUACAAGUGGUUUUUUGCAGUUUUCGAUCAAAACUUUAAAAAAAAAUCCCGAACCUUGUGGAUUUUUUCAUUUUUUGGCCCAACCUGGAUAAAACCGCUG